UUUCGUUGUAAACUUCAUGUGGAUCCCCCUACCUUUGUGCAUCUCGUCAACAUCAUCAUCAACCACCCUAUUUUUCAGAACAACUCAAAUAAUCCGCAAUUACCUGUGCCAGUGCAGCUUGUGAUUUUCUUAAAUAGUGCUGGCCACUAUGGCAAUGCGGCAACAACAGAAGAUAUUGCAGAAUGGGCAGGUGUCUCGACAGGCACAGUAUAUAACUGUCACCGUCGUGUCAUGAUCACACUUCUGCAGCACCAUGAUGCUAGGGCCAAACAGUGGGUUGAAGACCGAACAUGUCCGGAAUGGAGGGGGGGAUUUCUUAGUGUUGACGGUACACCAAUCAACCUCUUUCAGAAACCAGGGUGGCACAGAGAAGGUUUUUUUGACCAUAAAUCUAAUUAUUCUCUGUCAGCUCAAGUGGUAAUUAUGCCACAUAAUCUUUGCAUUGUCAACUAUGUCAUCGGAGUUCCUGGGAGUGUGCAUGAUUCAAAUGCGUUU